UUAUUAAAUUAAUAAUAAUUUCCUCUGCCGUAAUUCUUUUCUUUCUGCCAUCUUCCUUUGACUCUCUGCAACCACCACCUUCUUCAUUCUCUCUCGCCGGAGCUCCGGCCACCGUUACAACACCGUCCAAUCGUCACCGGUUUUAGCUACUAUCCGCCACUAGCAUCUGAAUUCUCAGUUAUUUCUCGCAACCGGAAACUGUACACGUCAACUCGAACUCAAUUUCUCCGAGCUGUAACUGACAAUCGCGGCGGUUUUCAGAUCUACGCGGCGGAGGUGGUGAGUUCUGGUGGUGUAAUGGAGGGUUAGGGUUUGAAGUUGAAGGUGGAUGGUAGUGGACGGAGGAGAUUGUGUGAGUUUGAUUGAUGAUGACCGAAGAUUGUAGUGGAGUUUGGGGGAGGUGUGGUGAAUGCGUCACAUUGAAUGGCAGAUCUUGUUAGCUACGGUAACGCGCAUCGUGACGUUGAGCAGGCAUUAAUUGCCCUGAAGAAGGGUGCACAUUUACUUAAAUACGGUCGCAAGGGGAAGCCCAAGUUUUGUCCAUUUAGACUUUCUCAUGAUGAAUCAUCUUUAAUUUGGAUUUCUGGCAGUGGUGAAAGGAGCUUGAAAUUAGCUUCAGUCUCUAGAAUCAUUCCCGGACAAAGAACUGCUGUCUUCCGACGUUAUCUCCGCCCGGAAAAGGACUAUCUUUCCUUUUCUCUGAUAUACAACAACGGGAAACGAUCUCUUGAUUUGAUCUGCAAGGACAAGGUUGAGGCUGAAGUGUGGAUAGCAGGUAUCAGAUCACUGAUUUCAUCCUUACAAGGAGGUCGUUUGAAAAUUGAUGGAUGGAGUGAUGGAGGCCUUUAUCUUGAUGAUAAUAGAGAUUUAGCAUCAAACAGUGCAAGUGGUAGUUCGAGUAGUGCUCCUCGAGAUUUUAGUUCUCCGGACGUUUCGAUUAGUUCAAACCCAACUACUUCUCCCAAGAGUUAUCCUCCGGGGUUGGAGCGGUCGUAUGCAGCAGCCUCAGACCAAACAAACAUGCAAUUAAAAGGUUCCAGUUCCGAUGCUUUUAGGGUUAGCAUUUCUAGUGCACCUAGUACUUCUAGUCAUGGGUCGGGCCCCGAUGAUUCCGACUCUUUAGGGGACGUGUAUAUAUGGGGAGAGGUAAUAUGCGACAACGUUUCGAGCACAAGAACAGAUGUGCUUCUGCCCCGACCUUUAGAAUCGAACUUGGUUUUAGAUGUUACUCACAUAGCGUGUGGGGUCCGUCAUGCUGCUUUAGUAACUAGACAAGGCGAACUUUUUACAUGGGGUGAGGAAUCAGGAGGUCGGCUCGGGCACGGUGUCGGAAAAGACGCGACUCAGCCUCAUUUAGUUGAAUCUUUAUCCGUUUCCGACAUCACUCUUGUCGCAUGUGGUGAAUUCCACACGUGUGCGGUUACAUCGUCGGGUGAAAUGUACACAUGGGGUGAUGGAACACACAACGUUGGGCUUCUUGGGCAUGGUACAGACGUCAGUCACUGGAUACCCAAGAGAAUUUCCGGCCCACUUGACGGGCUUCAAGUUGCUUCGGUGACCUGUGGUCCAUGGCAUACGGCUUUAAUAACAUCGACCCGACAGCUUUUUACCUUUGGUGACGGGACGUUUGGUGUUUUGGGCCAUGGCGAUCGGGAAAACGUGUCGUAUCCGAAAGAGGUAGAAUCUCUUUCAGGGUUGCGUACAGUUGCUGUUGCCUGUGGCGUAUGGCACACGGCUGCUGUAGUGGAUGUUAUGGUCACACAGUUCGGUUCAAGUGUUUCUUCGGGAAAACUAUUCACAUGGGGUGAUGGAGACAAAAACCGUCUCGGUCAUGGUGACAAAGAGUCUCGACUUAAACCCACAUGCGUGCCGGGACUAAUCGAUUACAAUUUUCAUAAGGUUGCUUGCGGGCAUAGCUUGACUGUAGGUUUGACUACAGCAGGGCAUGUUUACACAAUGGGAAGCACUGUUUACGGUCAACUCGGAAAUCCCGAAUAUGACGGGAAAUUACCUUGUCUGGUAGAGGGUAAGCUGGUCAAUUCACCCGUUGAAGAUAUUGCUUGUGGUGCAUAUCACGUAACUGUAUUGACAUCAAAAAACGAGGUAUACACGUGGGGGAAGGGAGCUAACGGGAGGUUAGGUCAUGGAGACGUUGAAGACCGUAAAACACCAACUAUCGUUGAAUCUUUGAAUGAUAGACACGUUAAGUUCAUAUCCUGUGGUUCAAACUAUACGGCUGCUAUUUGUGUUCAUAAAUGGGUUUCGGGUGCUGAGCAAUCGCAGUGCUCAUCUUGUAGGCAAGCUUUCGGGUUCACUAGAAAGCGGCACAAUUGUUAUAACUGCGGGCUCGUGCACUGCCAUUCAUGUAGUUCAAAGAAAGCACCACGCGCUGCCCUUGCUCCUAAUCCUGGAAAACCGUAUCGCGUGUGUGAUUCAUGUUUUACAAAGUUAAGUAAGAUGGCUGAAACCGGGAUCACUAGCAGACGAAACGUUAAACCCCGUUUAUCGGGUGAGAACAAGGAUAGGCUAGAUAAAGCCGAGUUAAAAUUAGCAAAAUCAGGGAUGCCUUCUAAUCAUGAUUUGAUCAAGCUUCUAGAUAACAAAGCAGCUAAACAAGGGAAAAAAGGUGAUGCGUUUCUUAACCGGUCAAUGCAAGGUCAAUCCUUGAUGCAGCUCAAAGAUGUUGUGUUAUUGGGUGAUUUUCACCAAGCGAUUCCGAAACCGAUUAAUAUUCGGUCAGGUAUUACUUCGCGAUCGGUGUCACCAAUUUCUAGAAAACCGAGUCCUCCGCGUUCAGCAACACCUGUUCCUACAACGUCAGGGCUUUCUUUCUCCAAAGGGGUUGCUGAUAGUUUGAAGAAAACAAAUGAGCUCUUGAAUCAGGAAGUACUCAAACUGCGUGGGCAGGUUGACAUCCUGAGGCAUCAAUAUACCAUUCAAGAAACCGAGCUUAAAAAAUCGAGAAAAGCAGCUCAGGAAGCUAUGGUCUUGGCCGCUGAAGAAUCUGCUAAAUGUAAAGCUUCAAAAGAUGUUAUAAAAUCUUUGACUGCCAAGCUGAAGGAUAUGGCAGAGAGAUUGCCACCUGGUUCGUAUGACUUCGAGAGCAUCGAGUCAACAAAUGGCAUGGAGCCGAACGGUGUUCUUCAAUACGCUGAUGUGAAUGGAGACGAUAAACCGUUAUCAAACGGAUCAUUAGGUCCCGCCGAAACCAUUACAAGGACCGAGGAACCAAUGCGGUAUAAUAGCCGUAGCCCGAAAUCUAGAACCUUCAAUAAGAAUGAGUAUCUAAAUGGAGUAGGGGUACAGUUGGGAAACAAUAAUUAUGUUGAAAGCAAGGAUUGUGCACCGCCACAUGAUGAGGAUAAUGAUUUCAAACCUAGGAGCCCGGUCUCUGCUGUCGGUACUCCUGCAAUUACUACUAAUCAUGUUGAGGCUGAAUGGAUUGAACAAUAUGAGCCCGGUGUGUACAUAACCCUAGUUGCUCUCCGUGAUGGAACUAGAGAUCUCAAACGAGUGCGCUUUAGCCGAAGAAGAUUUGGAGAGCAUCAGGCGGAGACAUGGUGGUCAGAAAACCGUGAACACGUGUACGAAAGAUAUAAUGUGCGUGGUUCAACCAAGUCAUCAGUUUCCUCAACAACAGCCUCCCGUAGGUCAGGCGAAUCUGUAGCACCACCCGCAAAGUACUAAAUCAACACAUCUUCCAGUACUGUUGUUUCGUGGCUGUGAACAAAGUAAAGAUAGGUAGCAAACACCCACCCUUUGUUUAUUUUUUAAACUAGAAUUAAGACCCGCCGCAAUGUGGCGGGGAUUCUUUAGUGAUAACUAAGUCGAUUUAGUGCGCGCA